CAAUAUAGCUUCAAAUAUUAGAGAGGAUGGUUUUAUAUACAAAACAUUUGAGGAACUUAAUCAUAACUGUCCUAUUGAAAAAUCAAUAUUUCUAAGCCCUAUUGACCCUAUGGAAAUAAGUAGUAUGAUUAUGAAAAGUAAAGAUUUUUCAUCUUAUUAUGAAGGUGAAUUUCCAUCUAGCUUUAAAAAAUCAAUAGUUAUUCCGCUUUAUAAAACAGAAGAUAUAAGAAGUUGUAAUAAUUAUACACCAAUCACUCUUACUUUGACUAUCGCUAAGCUUCUAGAAAAAUGUAUUAAAACCAGACUUGUUAACUUUCUAAUAAAUGAACAUAAUUUUUUUAAUGAUAAUCAAUUUAGUUUCAGGAAUUAUCUAUCUACAAAUGAUGCAUUAUAUUGUGCUACUAAAUUUAUAUAUGACAAUCUUGAUUUAAAAAAGCAUGUUGUUGGUAUAUUUUUAGACUUGAAAAAAGCUUUUGAUUCUGUAGAUCAUAAUUUAUUGUUAAAAAAACUUGAAUACUGUGGAAUAAGAGGAGUUCCAUUAAAACUAUUAGAAUCAUUUAUUAGUAAUAGAUACCAAAAGGUUAAAAUUAAUGACCUUUAUGGUGAUGACUUAUUAGUUAAUUAUUCUGUACCUCAAGGGACUGUUCUUGGGCCACUACUUUUUAUAAUAUACAUUAAUGGUUUGCUUAGCCUAAAUUUAGGAGGUAAGGUUUUGUGUUUUGCUGAUGACACGGUUUUCCUUGUUAAGUCCGUUUUCUUAAAAAAUAAUUAUUUUGAUUCCGAAUCUACACGUAGGGUUGAGACUGAGAGUGGCGACGAUACGGUUGUUCAAUUUAAUUUCAUAGAAGGUGAAAUCGAAGCAUUAGUCUUCGACUAUUGGAGCAGGUCCACCAUCGAUCUAAUGUAUUAUGACGAAAGCGAAUCCAGACAGGAUUUAAAAGGCCUACUCCGGUAUUUGUUCCAGAGAUUAUGUAUUCUAUAUAGGUUAGGGACUCAGAAAGAGGGUAUUGGGUUAUUUUUAACGAAUUUUAGAGCAUUAGCCAAGUUUGAUCUGGAUAAGGACAUCAUACCGGCGAAUUGUCUAUUAUUUCUUAAAAAUAACAUAUCAAAAGUUUGGCCGGAUAUCGAGACCACCGACCAGAAUCUGUGGCGCGCUUUUUUUAACGAAAUUAAGGUGAACUAUAUCUUGACAGCACGUACCUUUUCAGCAAUGUUCAAAAAACUAGAUCAAAGUUUCGAAUUUAUUAUGAGCAAGGCUGCACAAGUGCAUGCGAUUCGGAAUAAUCUGUUGUCCUCCGACGUUAGUCUGUGGUACGCCUCUACUACCGUUUCCGAAAAACGUCAAUCCAUUGUAAGUAAAAGUGAUGUGAUCAGAAUUUUACCAGAAUAUUUCGAAUCACACAACAACGUCGACAGUGUGUUAUGCGCUGCAAUUGAUAAUUGUUAUUACCAUCACAUUUUUUUGCUAUCGAGAUACGCGAUCUUACACAACAUUGACAUCGCAACCAGAGUCUUAAAGCAUACCGAGGUUCAAAAGUUUCUGGAUAGCCGUCAACCGCAGAAAAUUGAGCUGAUGUCGUACGUGAAAUUACCGUUGUCAGAAAUUAUGCAAUCUAAAAUGGUUUCGUGUUUCCGGCGGUUGUACAUUCGAGACAGUGAUAAAUUCGAGGUCGAGUUCGAGAUCACCGAGUUUGAUGAGUUGUUGUACCAGUCGCUGAAUGAGUUGAUCUGCAACUGGAUGAAAAACGCGCUGCGUCCGGUAAUUGGUCACGAUGGUCAAUUUUCGCCACAGCGCUUCGAAAAUCUGUAUCCGUGCAAUGUAAUAUGUGAUGGCCAUGGUUCACUUCCACAAGAUUUCUUACGUUGCUACGCAUUUGCGAUUUCGUUGUACGCACACAUGUACGGUCUGAACAAGAGAGAAAGUGUAUCAAUGAAAUGCUUUGAACUCGAUUGUAAUUUCGGACGCGAUGUCUCUGUCUACUACGACAAAAUCAUCGCUGAAUCAGACGACGUUUGAUGAAAAAACAAUUCUUCC